AAGAGUUGGAGGCUCACCGAGCGCUUCAUGCUGGCUAAUCCUUGAACACAUUUCCCCUCCUCGCAAAUAAUUGAAAAUUUCCUUUCUUCUCGCUCUCGCUCUCUCAUUGUUUACUUGAUUGGGGCGAAGCCAGCAAUAAUGCUAACUGGAGAUAUACCUCCAAAUCAAACUAUUUAUAUCAAGAACCUCAACGAGAAGAUAAAAAAGAAGGAAUUAAAGAGAUCCCUUUAUGCUUUAUUCUCUCAAUAUGGAAGGAUUUUGGAUGUUGUUGCGUUGAAGACGCCCAAGCUUCGUGGACAGGCAUGGCUUGUGUUUGAUGAGUUGACUGCUGCCAGUAACGCCUUUCGUCAAAUGCAAAAUUUUCCAUUUUAUGAUAAACCCAUGCGGAUACAAUAUGCAAAAACAAAGUCAGAUUGUAUUGCCAAAAAUGAUGGAAGCUUUGUUCCCAGAGAAAAGAAGAAGAAGCAAGAAGAAAAAGCUGAAAGGAAGCGACGUGCAGAGGAAGGACAGCAACCUGCAAUGUCAAAUGGCACAGAUUCUCAAAGUAAUGGAGAUCCAAAGGCUACUUUCCAUCAUGGAAACCUAGAGCAGGCUGCACCGAACAACAUUCUGUUCAUACAGAAUUUACCUCAUGAGACAACAAGCAUGAUGCUGCAGCUGCUUUUUGAACAGUACCCUGGAUUCAGGGAAGUUAGAAUGAUUGAAGCAAAGCCAGGUAUUGCUUUUGUAGAGUAUGAAGAUGAAGAGCAGUCUUCUACAGCCAUGCAGCACCUUCAGGGAUUCAAAAUUGCCCCUCAAUAUCCCAUGGCUAUCACUUUUGCUAAGAAGUAACCCACCCUUUUGUCAGUGAUGUUUUGUUUCUUUUCUUGUUAUAACAAUGUAUGGAUACAUUGUUAUGUAGAUCUCAGAGAAACUAAUCCCGGCAGCAUUCUCUCAUC